AUGAAUAAUCUUAAAAGCGAGGAUUUGGUGAAAGCAUACAUCGAUCGGAUCAAAGCCGUCAAUCCAUUGAUUAAUGCCCUGAUAUGCGAUCGGUUCGCAGCGGCCAUAGAGGAGGCCAAUCGCGUGGACAGUCGGGUGGCCCGAGAGUUGGCCGGACAGGCGGCCAGUGAUGGCCAAUCCAUUCACUCGAUGCCAUUACUGGGCGUUCCCUUCUCUGUCAAAGAGUGUAUUGCCGUUAAGGAUAUGUAUUUUACGGCCGGUCUGUACUCACGGAAGGGCACCAAAGCCUCGGACGACUCCCGAGUUAUACAAAAUAUUAGAGACGCCGGCGCUAUACCUAUAGGCAUGUAUUGGAUACACAGGGUGACAAAUAUACCGGAAUUCCUGUUGUGGUGGGACUCGUAUAACAAGAUCUACGGCCGAACCAACAAUCCGUACGACAAGUCCCGCAUAUCGGGCGGCAGUUCUGGCGGUGAGGCGGCCCUUAUCGCCGCCGCCGGCAGUUUGAUGGGUGUGGGCACAGAUCUGGGCGGAUCCAUACGUAUUCCGGCACAUUUUUGCGGCAUUUUUGGUCACAAACCCACCACCGAUAUCGUGCCCGUCGGCCCGCAACAGGUGUUCCCCGAUGUGGGACAUCCGGACCGCGAGAAGUACCUCCAGAUCGGGCCGUUGUGUCGGUACGCGUCGGACCUGAGGCCGAUGCUGAAGGCCUGCGCCGGCAAACAACACAUCCCCGACAUCGACAAAGAGUUGGACUUAACUCAACUCAAAGUCUAUUACAUGGAAGCGGAUGGCGAUCCGCUCAAGACAUCGGUCUCGCCGGAGAUCAAGCGAGCGAUGCGUCGAGUGGUGCGACUGUUGGACGAGAAGACUGGCCGCCCGUCAGAGCGAGUGUUUUUGUCUCAGAUGAAGAGCUCGCUGUGGAUCUGGUUAUGCACUUUGGCCAACGUUGAGGCCCCCUAUCUGUCCGAAGAGCUGACCGAACGCACCGGUCGUGUGAACGGGUGGUCAGAGUUGAGCAAAUGGUUUGUCGGCCAAUCCCGGUAUCGGAUCAGUACAUCAAUUAAUGUGAUUUUAUAUAAUUUCCUGAAUCCGCGUAAAAAUCGCGACUCAAAUAAGUUUCAAAAACUCGUCGCAAAGGGCGACGAAUUGAGGCGAGAAAUCAAUAAACUUUUAGGCGAAAACGGUAUACUCCUGUACCCGACACUACCCGAGUCGGCGCCCAAACACAACGGGACACUACUUAAGUCAAAUAAUGUCGGCUAUACUAUGAUAUUCAACAUAACCGGCCAUCCGGUAACUCAAGUGCCAAUUGGACUGACCAGCGAUGGACUCCCUGUAGGUCUUCAGGUGGUGUCGAUGCCGUCCAAAGAUCACCUGACGAUAGGUGUGGCCGAACUCCUUGAGAAAGAGUUGGGCGGAUGGACACCACCUUUCGAUGUCCAAAUCGAUCGUACUUUACGGCUGAAAUGCGAGGCAACCCAACCCAUCCACUGGUCCUUUCCCGACAACGAUCCUUCGGGAAAUUCGAAAUGCCAAAAGAAGAGUAAUAUCUGUGUCUCUAAUCUAACAAUAAAAGACAUGCAAUUCUGGCAAACGGGGAACUAUUCCUGUCAUUACAAUACAUCCAAACACACAUUUGAUUCAAUCUAUGUCUUCGUUAACGAUCCCAAUAAUCUGAUUGUGCCGAUAGACGGUAGCGACGAGUUUAUAAUCGUGCCGGCGCUGGAAAACAGCACACACCUGGCCAUUCCGUGUCGGCCCACCAGCUCUAACCUAACGGUUACUCUCGACUCGUAUGACUCGAAAAUUGAAAAUUUUGUCCAAAUGUCCAACGAUUUGCUUUCGUUUGAUCCGACUAUUGGUUUUACAGUACAUGACUUUCCUUUCAGUCAAUACAAUACACUCGACUGUAAGGUUAAGUCCGGUCUCCGGGAACAGUAUAUCGGUGUGACUGUCCAUCAAAUC